CGGGGAGGGUCACAGAGAGAGCCUCAGAGAGAGCCUCAGAGAGAGCCACAGAGAGAGUCACAGAGAGAGCCACAGAGAGAGUCUCAGAGAGAGCGGAGAGCAGCCGUGGUAGUGACGAGCGCAGAGGAGAGACGAGCUGCACUUGGGGAGAGCCGGGGGAGAGUAGAGACGGCAGGGAGAGACUCUGGAGAGAGGGAGGGGAGAGUGGGCCGUAGGAGUCAUGGCGUUUGAGGACGCAGCCGUCUUCUGCGAGUUCCUGCGCAGGGUCAGCGAGGAGCAGCCGCAAAGAGCAACAUUGUUUAAGGACGACGUCACCGUGCGGCUGCUGGUGGUGUCGGACGACGAGUCUCACCCGCUGAGCCUCGUGGGCGACGCGGCCGGCCGAGCGGUGCUGCUGGCCGAGAGACGCGACGUGAAGGAGGAGCAGGGGGACCCGGCCGCCGGACCCCCCAAGUUCAGGGGGCCGGGGGGGCCGGGCGGGGACGACAACAACGACACCGAUGCAUCCGGGCUGGAGAGCCCCGCAACGGGCGGCCCCCUCCCCAGCCCCCGUCGCCUGUCGGAGCAGGAGUGCCCGGCCGCCCCCGACUCGUUCGCCCUCCCCCUGUCGGUCGCGCGGCGGCUCGUCUCGUGGUACAUGCUGGCUCAGGGACCCCUGCGGGCCCCCUGGCCGCCUGCGCGAGGCGCUGCGGGAGCCCUGCCGCCCCUGUGGGUGGCGUGUGAUGCCGCAGACCCCGAGGGGACGUGCUGGCUCGGGGCCGUGCCCAUCCUGGGGGCGCCGGGGUCGAAGGGCCGAGCCAGGGUUCAGGCUCAGGGCAAAGGUCAGCGUAGCGCCGAAGGAGUCACGCUCUACACAGCCACGUGCCAAGGGCCUGUACCACGCCGUGUGGCACUGCCCGCCCUGGACAAGCUGUGCGAUGCCCACAAGCAGAGACACCACACCAGUGCGGUGAAGACGCGUGCGUACGUGCGGUACGAUGUAUUUGGCGCCAACGUCGCGCUGGACUCGACAGCACCGCUGGCCGGCCCCGAGGCUCAGAGCAGCCUCCUGCUCGACUUCACCUGGAGCCGCGUGGCCCAGCUGGGCCAGCCUCCGCCCGCCGACGCUACGGGGACCCUGCUUCUGCGCGUCGAGCCCGGCGACCCACGGAGCCCGGCCUUCUCUCUCUACCGCGAGCUCGACUUCCUGCUGGCCCUGGCGCGGGGCCUGCGCACGGGGGAGAUGGAGUGGCCCGAGGUGCUGGAGACGCGGCCUGCGAGUGAAAUCGUGGGCUCGCUGCUCGAAGGUGCGUCGUGCCGACAUUGGUAUGCGCUGCUCGCCGACGGCACUUGCCGUGUAGGCUGCACGGGGGACCUUCUUCACGUUCACAACCGCGGGGUCGCUGCGAGCGACGCCGUCGGCCGAGAGGCUCGCGUGCCGCUGGAGCCGUGGCCCUCUGGGGCGCGGCGGCGUCCGGCGCCGUGCCGGCGAAGGGGCUCCGGUCCUGGUGGUGGGGGGGGGGGGGGGCUGACCGUGCCUCCCACUCCACCGUCGGCGUCGCGAGCAGAGAAGCUCGGAGGAGUGCGCAGUGGGCGACGUGCACGGACCGCAGGGUGCCGGGGGGACGGCGGUGACGUCGGUGACGUCUCUCCCGGCCAAAACCCAGUUGACGGAGCCAGGGACUGAACCCCCUCCCCUUCCAUCCACCCCCCUCGGGGAGCAUAAACAACGACGGGCAGUUACUAUGACUUGCCAUACACACCGUCACACCACCACCACACCGUCAUGCCACCACCACCACGGUCACACCACCACACACA